AAGACUUGGUAAUUAAGAAGCUACCUUAAUUAAUUCAUUGUUUAUUUUGAGGGACUUUCAUUUGAGGUGUAACUCAUCUAGAAAUUUCAUCUAUAAAUAGCGCCAUCAUUCUCAUGCAAAGUUUAUCACCUUCAAGCUUACAAGAAAUAAAACUAAAGCAGCAUUGUUUUCAUUAUUAGAAGAUCAAUUAUCUAGCUAAUUAUGGCUUUCGCCCUGAAGUUUCUUGUUAUAACCAUUGCCAUACAUGCUUUGAAAUCUUCACCUAGCUCUGCCUCGGACCCAAGUCCCUUACAAGAUUUCUGUGUUGCUGUUAAUGACUCUAAAACAACUGUUUUCGUGAAUGGAAAAGUUUGCAAGGACCCAAAACUUGUAACGGCUGAUGACUUCUUCAGAUCAGGCCUAAACAAGCCUGGAAAUACUUCAAAUCAACUUGGAUCAAUUGUUACUGCUGUCAAUGUCAACAAUUUACCUGGGCUCAACACUCUAGGCAUUUCUUUAGCUCGUAUUGAUUUUGCACGACGUGGUCUCAAUCCACCUCAUACACAUCCUAGAGGAACUGAGGUUCUUGUUCUUCUUAAGGGAAGACUUUAUGUUGGUUUCGUCCUUUCUAACCCUGGCCCAAAUAGGAAGAACAAGUUAUUCACCAAGAUUCUGAACCCCGGUGACGUCUUUGUUUUUCCUGAAGGUCUAGUUCAUUUUCAACUUAAUGUGGGAAAGAGUAAUGCCAUUGCAUUUGCUGGUCUGAGCAGCCAAAAUGCAGGAGUUAUCACUAUUGCAAAUGCAGUAUUUGGUUCAGAUCCACCAAUUAAUGAUAAUGUCCUCGCUAAAGCAUUUCAAGUUGACAAGAAAGUGAUUGAUGAUCUUCAACAACAGUUUUGGUGGGAUAAUAACUAAAAGUAUAAACCAACUACUCAAUUAUGUUCUAAUUACCAUGUUAGGAGUAGUAUUAUUUGCGAGUACGAUUGAUUUUCAUUCAGGUUGAUUGUUGUAUUGGAAUAAAGAUUGGUUAAUGAUAUUAAAUAUAGUGUAUUUUCAUUCCUAGUGA